AUGAAGAAGGAAAGAGGCCAGACGCGGAGCUCCGAAAAGGCGCUUAGCUUCGCGCGGCGCUUCCUCGACGAUGAGCUUGAACGAAAAAGGCUUCAGGCGGAGAUCAACGCAGCCGAAGAGGAGCCUGUGGGCCUCUCCGCCUCCAACCGACACGAAACGAGCGCAGAGGCCGCCAAGUCAUCACCGCUCCAGGUGAUGAGCAACACUGACUACGGCAAAUACGAGCGGCUAAGCAAGAAGCUGGACGAAGAAGAGGAGAGGCGGCGAAGGCAGGAGGAAGCGCAAGCGGCGGCAGCGAGGGAGAUGAUGCAGGGCUGCUCACACGACCACUCCAAGGAGCGGCAAAUCUACGAGAAGCCCACGGGAGAGAAGAUCGUCGCGGCGGAUCGAUUCCGGCAAGAAGGAAACGCGGCGUUCAGGGAGAAGAAUUACGGCCUCGCCGCUGUCAACUAUCGUAAGGCGCUGCUGCAGUUCGACUACACGUUUCCUGACACGGACGAAGAGCAGAAGCGGAUGGACUCAGUGAAGCUGCCUUGCCAUCUCAACCUCGCGGCGUGCAAACUUCAACAGCAGGACUUCGACGAGGUCUACAUCCAGUGCCGCCUUGCUCUCGAGAUGGAUCCCACCAACGUCAAGGCUCACUACCGUCGCGGCCUGGCGUAUUUGCAGCAGGAUCACUUCGUCGAGGCGAAGGAAGAUCUGAUGAAGGCCCACGAGCAGGAGCCAGGCAACCGAGAAGUGCGAGACGCCUUGCUGCUUCUCCGCGAAAAGAUUCAGCGCUACAAGCGUCGCUCUGCGAAGACUUACAAAGCCAUGCUGCGGAGCGACGAGCGCGAGGAAACGCCUAAGGCAGUCGCGGCGUCUGCUGCGUCGCGCGGAGAGCCCGCAGAGCUCGGUGCAGCCUCCAAGGCCCUGUCCGGAAAUCAAGAACACUCGAGGAAAGAUUCUGCCUCGCACACGCCCUGCAGCAGCUGCAAAGCCGCGCCGCGCGACAGAGAUGCCGCCGCGCAGGCCGAGGAUAGAGCGCCAGAAGAGACGCCCUCUGCACGCUCAGAGGCCUCGCCGGGGCGGAGUCCGAAGCGGAGCGGCUCAUCGUGCUGCGCAGCGGACUCCAAAAGCGACGCCGAAGAGAUGCCCACGAGGGAAACGUCCCCGCCUCGCGGGCGAGAGGACUCCGGUGCCGACCAGGCUGCGAGGAAGGGUGGCGGCGUACGUACACCGUCUGGCUCCAAGGAAGAUCUGAGCAUCGGGAAACGCGCCGAGGCGGAGGCCGGGGGUCGGCGAAGCACCGAGCGACAUGCGCUGCGCGGCCGGUGCGGAGAGACCCGGCAGGCGACGAAGAGAGGCGUUGCCAGCAGCGGGCCUGCAUGGGUUGAGUCGGGGAAGGGGGGCGACAUCGCCGAAGAGAGCUGUCUACCCGCGUCUGAGUCUGCAAGCAUCGUUCGCGAGACGCGGUCUGCGGGGGGUGCUUCCCGAUCGGGCACGCGCUCCAGACCCGGAGAGGCGUUCGAGCGACCGCGGCAGCCUGAGACCCCCCGCGAAGACCUCUGCCGCCUGCAGCGGUCGGUGAGCUUCGAAGUCGCGUCUGUGGAGGAGGCCGACAGGCGAGUGGUGCAGGCGGCGCAGAGGCUGGACGCGCGGGCGCUGCUACAGCAGAAGAAGCAAGUCCACGAGAGGCUACUGCGGCUGCUCAAAGAGAAGCAGCAGACCUUGCGGAAGGCACUGGAGCGGAAGAUCGCGGAGGCCGGGGGCGAUUCCGACGGGCGCGCCUCUUCGGUCGCGUCCUCUCCCACCGUCUCCUCAGGGCGGAGCUCGAGAGAGGACGCCUUCUCAGACGACGAGCUGUCUCCCGAGGGGGGGAGGGGGGAGGAGUCCUCGCAGCCGGCGUCAAUCGCCGAGAGCUUCGGACCCGUCCCGGUUCAGGUGCUGUGCGUGAUCGCUAGUGCCUUCCUCGUCGCCUUUGUCGGGUUCCUCAUCGCGCUAGCUGGCGGUUUCAGCGGCAGGGCGGGAGCGCGCUCCCGCCCUGCCGAGCCGCCGUUCGCGUCGGAGUCCUUCCGUGCGGACUGCGACGCGGGCCUGUGUGCCCAGGCGGGCGAGUCUGCGCCGAGAGAGGCACGCGCUCGAAGUCCGCCCCCUGAGAGCGGAGAGAAAGACGCCGCGCAGUCUGCACUGGACAGCGUCGCCAACGUCGCAGUCGUCGUGGCGGGCGGGACGACUCUACUCUGCCUUGCUGUCGCCGCGCUGGUGUUCUUCCUCGACUCCAGCCGCGGCGGCGCGAAAGCGGGACGGCGCCAGGGCAGGCGCGGCGCCGGGUCCCCCCGUCGCCGGCCGAACCGCCCGACAGAGAGCGCAGGGCGAGGCAGGGAGCACCAGGACUCCGACUCCGAAGAAGAGGACGCGCGAGAGUGGGGGGGCAGCGGUGCCCUUUUGGAUUACCAAGAGGCGUCGGGCAGCGAGGAGAGUGAUGCCUUAGAGGCGGCGGGGACGCGCGAAUCCGCCGAGUCUGCCCACAGACAACCCGCCGGCCUCCGAGGGCACGUGUCGCCGGGGAAUCGCGGCCUCGGCUCGCGAAGGAGAAGCGUCGAGCUCCACGAGGACCCCACCUACGACUCCGUGAUGCGCCAGUGGUGCUCGUAG